UGAAUGCGAAGCGAAGCGAUACCGGCUCAAGAUUACAUUUUGAAGUUUAUGAAGUUUUAAGACAAGCUGUAGAGGAGUAAAGAUACAAUUUCUGAUAUGAUAAACGAUAUGGUAAAAAUGAAUUUGUGAAGUGGGCAUUUACACGAUGAGCAAAUAGCCAACGCAGAGCAAGCAGAUUUCAGUACGGAUUAGAUAAAUUAAACUAUAGCUUUAUAUUAAAUAUAUAUCGAAGUCAUUGAAAUCAUAACUAAGCAAAUAUGGAAAACCUGUUAUAUGUGUGUGGAUUUUUGCUGAUGAUGGUUACCUUUUCAUCGCAGUGUGACUCAUGUGAUUGCAAUAUAAGUGGAGGCGUAGGUGUUCACGUGGCAGCUCUCACGUGCAAAAGUGGCUUCGUCAAGUGGUACAACCCAACAGGUGCGCUGAGAAUCGUGGUCAGCCAAACAAAAACGCCAUUCGCCACCACGUGCUUCGUCGUAGACACAAGCGACGUGAGGAUUAAGAUCUCACAGGAAGUGGCCCCUAGCGCCAAUUCCAAGUCGCCAACUGACCGAUCGAGACACGUGAUGAACGACCACAACUUGCGGACAGUAUACACAGGAAAAGGGCGCAGUCAAGAAAUUUGUUUGACGACGGACACGGAUAUAGUCCUGUUUAUUGAACCGGAAAUGGGUUCUCUUCUGGGCACCCAAAUAGUUUCCUUCCAAUAUGACAUAUCAGAGCGCAAACCUCUUGACCAAACAGAUUUUAUGGAAGAAUGCCGCCCGUGCAGCGAGGAGGAGCUUCUGACGGCCUACUGUGCCAGCGACUUCGUUGUGGUUGGUCGAAUGCAGGACGUCCAUCACUUCAAUGAAAAAACACAUAUCGAUGUCGCCGUAUCCCAGAUCAUUCGUCAGACUGGCUCCCACUUUUCACGUAUGCGCAGAGACGCCAAUGAGUUGCAGGGAACUAUUACGGCGCCCCGGAAAUGCGGUGUCGCGAAGGGCAACGGCGUCUUUUUACUGACCGGAAGGGAACGCCUUGGGGAGCUCCGGAUGGGUUGCGCGCCGUAUCUGGAAGAGUGGGAGCAGAUAGUCAGCGAGGCGGAGCGGACCGGAAGGAUGCAGUGUACGCGCGACUGAGCGCCACUUAUGAGCGCCUGACGAGGCGCUGUUGACUCGUCAUCUACCUCAGCAAGGCGAGAGAGCAGGACGAGAUAGCAGAUUCACAGAUACAGAGCCAAGCAGUGUGGCCUCAGCAUCUUACAAGACUAUUCACGACAAGCCUUCGCAUAACACGCCUUCGCAUCUACAAGCCUGCACGCAACAAGUCUGCGCAAUACAAGCAAGAGAAUUACAAGCAUGUGCACGACAAAGUCUUCGCUCUACACGCCUGAACUUUACCAGCCUGUGUACUGCAAGCCUGUGCAUAUUCACGCAUGUGCAAUAAAGACCUAAAAGCAACAUGCCUGCGCAGAAAAUGCCUGCACACUACAAGCCUGUGGACUACAAAUCCUGCGCACAACAAGAAUGUGCACUGCAUGCCUGCACACUACAAGCCUGCGGACUACAAAUCCUGCGCCCAACAAGAAUGUGCACUACAUGCAUGCACACUACAAGCUUGUGGACUACAAAGCCUGCGCACAACAAGAAUAUGCACUAUAUGCAUGCACACUACAAGUCUGUGGACUACAAAGCCUGCGCACAACAAGAAUAUGCACUACAUGCCUGCAAACUACAAGUCUGUGGACUACACAGCCUGCGCACAACAAGAAUGUGCACUACAUGCCUGCACAAUACAAGUAUGUGGACUACAAAGCCUGCGCACAACAAGGAUGUGCACUACAUACAUGCACACUACCAGCCUUUGAACUACAAAGCCUGCGUACAACAAUAAUAUGCACUACAUGCAUGCCCACUACAAGUAUGUGGACGACAAAGCCUGCGCACAACAAGAAUGUGCACUACAUGCAUGCACACUACAAGCUUGUGGACUACAAAGUCUGCGCAAAACAAGGAUGUGCACUACAUGCCUGCACACUACAUGCCUGCGGACUACAGGACUACAAAGCCUGCGCACAACAAGAAUGUGCACUACAUGCAUGCCCACUACAAGUCUGUGGACUACAAAGCCUGCGCUUAACAAGAAUAUGCACUACAUGCCUGCACACUACAAGCUUGUGGACUACAAAGCCUGCGCACAACAAGAAUGUGAACUACAUGCAUGCACACUACAAGUCUGUGGACUACAAAUCCUGCGCACAACAAGGAUGUGCACUACAUGCAUGCACACUACAAGCCUGUGGACUACAAAAUGUCGGCGCACUAAAAGUCCACCCACAACACGUCUAAGAACUUCAGACCUGCGUACUUCUAAAUAAUUAAUAUACAGCAGUACUUAGAGAAGCGGAGUGAGUCACAGAGUUACAAUUCAAACAGUCAUAACGUGGAUUACUCACGGGCAAAACGCGCCGUCGAAAGAACACUGUUCGUGGCUAGGGCGCGUUGAAUAUUCAUACGAGAUCAAAUGUACUUUAGCCACCAGAUGUCUGCAAUAAAGUAGCUCUACCCAGUUCCUCUCCAGCAAGAUGCCUGUAAGAAGAGUGGCUAUGACAGAAGUCAUUUUUAACUAGUUCGUACUCAUGUGGACAAAUACUAAGAGUAUUUGCGAGCUUUGUUUUUGUAUGAGCUGCGUCAUGCGAAAAUGGGUCUUCCAGUCAGCGUAGCUCCAGAUCAGCGUGUGUAAUUGCGAAGUCUGGUUAGGGGAACCUUUAUAGCUAAUGAGACCACGAAACCUUGUGUGACUUUAGGUAGCGUAGUUCUUGAUCAGACUGCUCCAUUGCGAAUACAUGUAACAUAAGAACAACUUUUGCAUGUCGUUGCUCAAAUAGUAUGCAUGAAAAUAAGUAUUUUGCAUUUAUCACGUAGUCGAAAUAUAAUCAUGGCACAUGUACACAUGUAUUAAGUAUAUUGAAAUAAUCGGAGGAAUUUACAUUUUAUUAAGUCAGUUGAAAAAAGUUAAAUCAAUAAGAGAUUUAUAAAGAACGCAUAUACCAACCCUCACUUUGUAAUGAAAUAUAUAUAUAUAUAUAUAUAUAUAUAUAUAUAUAUAUAUAUAUAUAUAUAUAUAUAUCUUGAUUCAGCAGUCAAUGUAUAGUUUUUAUCGCGAUGUGAACUGAUCGUGAACAAUAAUGUCAUGAUAAUUGUGUCAUAAAAAGUAAGACUUAGUGGUACCCAUCCGGUUUUAAGCGAAUAUAUUAAUAAACAUGUCAUCAAGUUUAAUGGAUGUUAAUACAACAGUAUCAGUUAAUUUUUUACAAUGGAGUUUAUGGUACAUGUAUCUGUACCAGUGUUAAAGCUCAUAUAGUGUAAAACAUGUUACAAGUUAUAUGUUUCUUAUUGCAAAUGUACGGAUGAUAUUGUUAACCCAUUUAUGCCUAGCGUCUAGAAAAAAGGGCCUUGGCAAGCAGCGUAGACCUAUAUGAGACGUCGCAUGACGCGGCGUCUCAUCAGGGUCUGCGCUUUUUGCUUAAAGGAAUUUCUGUAAGACAUAUUCUAAAUAUAGAAAUAAAUAUACAAGUUAUCUUUUACUUUUGGAAUAAAUUGAUCCAAUUUAGAAGGAUGGGAGAGUCCACUAGGCAUAAAUGGGUUAAGCAUGAUAUUAAUACUGCUCCUAAAGUAAAAAUUUCGUACAGGACUAAAAUAUAUUGUUGUAGCAGUAUUUAAAUAUAGAAUUAAUAUAAAUUACCAUUAAGCCAUGUUAUUUUUAUGUAUUAAUUUAUUAUGUGGGUCGACCUUUGGGAUAAGAUGACGUUGCAUGGCCAUGCAAAAUAACAUAUAUAUAUAUAUAUAUAUAUAUAUACUCGAGCUUUCUGGAUUUAUGUCUUUGAUUUGUUAUGGAAAAUAAACUUGACAAGCCUGA